AUGUUGACCAUCCUCUGCUUCCCAAACCCCCUACUCUAUACAACCGCUCUCUUUUCCCCUCACCACCAUGAACCACCACAACAACCACCACCAUUACCGCCACCACCACCAACAACAGCACCACCACCACCCUCAACUCAUCGACUCAUCCUCCUCCCCUCGCUACCUCCCCCACCUUCCUCCUCCUCCUCCUCCGCCGUCUUUCCCCGACGACCAUCCUCAUCUCUUUCCUCCUCCGCCGCAGCGCCACCUUCCUCCUCCUCCUCCACCCCACCACCAUCAUCAUCAUCAUCCUCUCUCUCCUCGCCUCCUUCACCAUCCUCCUCCACCCCCACCACCUUCUCACCAUUCCCCAUUGAAACCCCCUUCAAUUUCAUCAACUCCCCUCCUCACCAACACCACCAUAACCCCCAUCAACAGCCUCAUCCUCAUCAUCGUCGUAUUCUGGAAGACGACCCUCGAGAUGGGUUUCGAUCUCCGACUCGGGUAAUCCCUCCUAGUCAUUAUCAUCAUCAUAAUCAUAAUCAUCAUAGUAUUCAUGAUGUUGAUGUUGAUGUUGAUCAUCAGCUUCGAUUUCGGUUAUCUCAACUCCCUCCGCCGCCGCCGCCUUCUAGGGUUUCGCCGAUGUCUCCUGUUGCGCGUCGUUCUCCUACUCAAUUUGCUCAGUUUGAUAGGGUUAGGCGUGAGAUUGAAAGUCCUCCUAGGUUUAGGGAGGAAUUGGGUUUAGAUUCUCGUGUUAGGGUUCAUCAUUCUGAUGGGGUUGAGUAUCAAUUGAGGCGGGAUCGGGGUGAUGAGCGUAGGGUUUUGGGGGUUUUUGAUAGAUUGGAAGGGGAUUUUGGUCGUGAUCGUGAGUUUGAGCAUCAUGAAAAGUAUUAUCCUGAGAUGAUGCCGGUGAGGAAGGAGAUUGAGUUGAAUUCGGGGAGUAGUGAUUGUCGUCGAGGGUCGUUGAAUGAUGAGGGAUUGAUGAGGGGUGGUAGGGAUGAUGUUGUGUUGGAGGAGAAUGUGAAUAUGAGGCGGGGUAGUGGCGGUGGCGGUGGUGGUUCGAGGGAAGUGUCUCGGUCUCCCAUCAAGUUUCGGAUUGGAGGGGUUGAGGUUGAUGAUGAGGGAAGUAAUAGAGGGAGGAAGGAAGAGGUUCAAGAGUAUAGUAAUCGCGGUACUCCUAAGAAGAAUGUGCAGAAGAAGAGUGCAUUUCUUAGGAUACAACCAGGGAAACCACAGCAGCAACAUAGUAGUAGUUUUAGGAAUAGGUUUGAUAAUAAUACUAAUAGAACUCCUAGUCCACACAAAGGAAAAGAGUCGAAUUCGGAGUCUUUAGAUUCAAGGGUAAGUGAAGAGAGAGUGAGAAACCCUGUCGAACUUGAUGUGUCUUUUAAAUCAAAUGCUUUAGUGGCCAAGCCGAUCAUGGCUGCCCCUUCUUGUUCUGGGGUAGAUUGUAAUGUGAAUAACUCAUUGAAUGAUUUAGGUGUUAGAACAGAUGGUGAUAGUCUGCCAAAAGUAGAGAGUCUUACUGACAAUUCUUCUGUAUCUAAAAGGGAAGAGAAACAUAUUAAGAAUAGGGUUAGAGUGUCUCCUAUCAUGAAGAGACUUGGCAAUCCAAAUAAUGUAGAGGUACGCAGUAAUCGUUCAGAAUCGUCUUCUGGAGGGUCUAGUAGCAUGUCUGGAGGUAUUACUUGUAAGGCAGAUUCGAAAGGUGAGGUUUUGGGUAAGGUUAAUAAGAAAGCUGGAUUAGAUAAUGUAUCUUUGCCUGUUAGGAAGAAGAGGAAAGCCAAUAGCCCUCUUUCCCGCCUAUCUAGAUCAGUGUCCACAAAGACAGAUAGUGGGCUUGUAAAUGUGAACUGUUCAGCCAAUCAUCCAUCUGAUGGCUCUAUGCCUUCUGAUGUCUCUGUAAAGAAUUUAGAGAUGAAGUCUUCUUGUGGCGCCGAUGUUAUUGAUUCAACUCAGAACAUAUUAGUGGAUAUGGGCAAAUUUGAUGUCAGUAAAUCCUCUACUGCUUUAGAUCAAGGGGAAGUUCUAGGUCAUCCUGUUUCUGAAGUGUCUGAUUCUUCUAAGAGAAUGAGGGAGAUUGGAAUGUCUGAAUAUCUUCCUGAUUCACCAGGAUCACUGAGGACUGGAUUUUCUGAUGGUCAUGGAAACAUGGAGGGUAUGUUACAAGAUGAGCAGAAAAUCUCUAAUCCCUAUGAGGAUGUGACAAAACCUGUGGAGAAAUUUAGUUCGGACGUAUAUAUUGAAAAGGAUAGUGUCAAGGAUCAGGAUAUGGCUCCUGUAUUGGUCGGCAAUCAUGGUUCUGAGGAAGGUUCCUCUGAGCUAGCGUUACGUGUUGGAGACAAUGUGGAUAGUAAUGACAAUUGUCAUGGAAAUGUGGAUACAUUGGAUUUUGUAGAAAACAUGAGUUCUAUCUCAAUUCCAGCUGAUGUCUCAAACAAAGAAAAUAUAGUGGAUUUAUCAUGCCCAUUGACUGAUGCUGUUAAGUCUUGUGAAAAACAGGUCUUUUCUUCACCUGAAAAUGCUACUAUUGGACUAUCAUUAGGGAGUUUGUAUUCUGAUAGAAAUUAUGAGCCAGAAUCAAGGUAUUCUGAGGAUUAUGAAAAGUUGGAAAGUAUCUCAAUUGAUGUCUGUAAUGACAAAAGAACCUCCCUCAGUUACGAUGAUUAUGUUACCAUUAGUUUAGAACAUGUAAAAAACAGUGCUCCUGAUGUCAGGGAUACAAAUGACAUUCAGGAGCAACAAUGUCAAGGUUCGGAGACCAUGUUAGUCAAUGAUGAUACCACAUUAGAAAAAGAAGACAAUUCAAAGACUUGUGUUGAUGCAGGUGGUGUAUUGGCUGUUCCUGUUAAAAAGGAUAGCUCUCAAUUCAACAGAAAGAGAAAAUCCAAAACUGAGCCAGACUCUUUAGAUUCGAGAAAAUCUGAAUCGUGUCAACUGGUUGUGAGCUUAAGCCUUCCUAUUGAAAAUGCAACCCUUCCUGUAGAGAAACAUAGCUCUGCAGUUUCAGGGUCAUCAUGUGUCGAAUCAGAUGUUUCACAUGGAAAUGAAAUUGCUGGAAGUUGUGUAAAGGGUAUGAAUUCCAUGAAUCACCCUCCUGAUUUAGUUCUAAUUGAGCAUUCUUCUAGUUUUGGUAAGAAAAGGAAAGUAUAUCCAUUGGAAUCAGUUCUCUCUGAUGCACCAGAGUCUGAGAGUUCUGAUUUACCUGUGUCUGGAAAAUCGUUGACACCUGUAGCUGAUGAGCCCUCCGCCAAUAAUUCACCACAAUUUUCAGAGAGAUCUGAACUACAAAAGUCUGUAAUUACUGGGAAAGAUGCAGUUGACAGAGCAGCCAGCAAUUUGUGUGCAGAAACAUUGUGUGCAGAAACAUGUAGCUUAGCUGACAACUCAAUCUCCGACUUCCUGUGCACAGAUUCAUGUUUAUCUAUCACAGGUAGUACCCCACUAGUAGAGCAGUCUAAUUUGCCUGAAUCCGGGUGUCAUCAGAAGGUAGAUGAGAAUUUGAUGACGGCUGGAUCCAAUGAUGGAAAUGGGCUCAUUGCGUUAGCAACAAAUGAGAGAGAGAGUAAUUUGCAGUGCUUGCCUGUUGAUCAUACCAGGGAUGCAGAUCAAGGAUCUCUGGCAAUGAAUUUGGAUUGUGAUGCUGAUAUUGCUCUAAAUUCUAAUCCAUCCUCUUUGUCUGGUUGUUUGCAGUCACGUGCUGAAUCUACUCAUGGUGGAGUUACUUCUAACUUUGAUGUGUUGGAUACACCAUCCUAUUCGGGCCUAACUGAGGCUUGCUCUCUUCUUCCUUCAUCCUCGGAUACAUCAAUUGCCAGUCCAGUGAUUCAUGUGACCUCAGGUGAGAAGCUGUGUAAGGAUGACAAUAAAUCAAGUAAACCUUUUACAAAGCAGAGCUCGAUUACCUCCCAGGCCAAUCUACUUCCUGAAAGUCUUAAGAAAAGCUCGAAGCUAGGUAUAUCAGCAACAUCAGGUGUUCAGCCAUAUGCUCAGAAGGGUGUAUCGAUGUCAUCAAAGCAGGGAAAGACUACAAUAUCCAGCUCAAAUUUCAUGAUCAGACAGAGGAAGAAUGUGCUAAAUCGUUCCGAAGCAAGUCCUUCCACCAGCCAUCUUUCAGCCGUGAUUAAUCCCUCCAAAUCACAGACUUUUCCUGUAAAACCUCGUACAUGGCAUCGAACAAGUAACUUAACAUCUAACAUACCUGUGAAAAAGCCAUCCAUGGGAAUUCCUCCACCACCCAGGGCACUGUCUGGUAAAGCCGUGAAGGUUCAGGACACUUCUUACAUACGAAAAGGAAACAGUCUUGUAAGAAAUCCUGUUUCUGGUGCAGCCACUUCAGGUUCUCUUGCUGUUGGUGCACCCAUUGAUCGGCCAAGGCCAAAUAAGACAGACAAGAUCAGGAAGACUGUGGGCUCUGUGAUGAUUGAGUCUACUGGGUUACCUGAUGGCCUUGUGAAAGGAGGGCGAAAUGCCCCCAUUGAUAUGCCAAAGACGCCUCCAUUACCCUGCAGUAGUAAGACAUCAGAUAAUGAUGCUGUAUACUCCGGACAAUGCACAUCCUCCUUACAUGUGGAUCACUCUGAAGGAACUGACAAUGAAGAGGCACUUAAAUCUCCUGAUGUUCCAUUGAAUUCCUUUAUGGAUCCUGAAACUGCUGUGAACAUAAAUUUGGAGGAUCCUGUUAUUUUGAGUGAUGGAGAUUUGCUUGGAUCGAAUUCAGAGAAGAUGAUAUACAUUAAGCACAAAUCAAAUCAAUUGAUUGCUGCUUUAAAGUCCUCACAAUCAUCUUUGCUGAACAUUGACAAGGGCACAGCUACAUCUUCCGAUAUCAAUUACUUCAAGAGAAGAAAAAACCAACUCCUUAGAGCUUCCUCUGAUGGUAAUAUUCAGCAAAUGGCUGUGGUAAAUACAGAUAAUUCCAAGUCACUUUCUCAAAGGGCUUUUCAUGCUUCCUCUGGCAGAAGUUUUACUAAAAGACUAUCAAAUAAAGUUAAAUCUACAAAAUUUUCGCUGGUUUGGAAGUUGGAUGAGUCCAAGUCCUGUGGUAAAGGUGUUGAUUCAAUGAGAUCGAGGAGACUGCUGUCCCACUUGUUACCUUGGAAAAGAGCUACUUAUUGGAGUCGAAAACUGCUUUCUUCAAAAAAGAGGGGUGCUGUGUAUGUAAGGUCGAGUCGUGGUUUUUCUUUAAGAAGAUCAAAGGUCAUAAGUCUUUCUGGAACUAGUUUAAAAUGGUCAAAGUCCAUGGAAAAGCGUUCAAAGAAGGUUGGAGAGGAAGCUGCUAAGGCAGUUGCUGCAAUGAAUUCUGUACAAAAAUUUGGAUCCUCAAGAACUAGUUCUAAAGCAGGCGAACGAAUAUUUCGUAUUGGCGUUUUUCGAUACCGUAUGGAUCCUUCAAGGAGGACACUUCAAAGGAUUUCAGAUGAGGAAGCAUCUGACUUUACUGCUUCAAAGACAGAAAAGGAUGUCAGAAAAACUUAUGUGCCAAAGAGGCUAAUGAUUGGAAGUGAUGAGUAUGUUCGGAUUGGCAAUGGCAACCAGCUUGUUAGAGACCCAAAGAGGCGCACUCGCAUUUUGGCUAGUGAAAAAGUUCGAUGGAGUUUGCACACUGCUAGGAUGCGAUUAGCCAAAAAACGUAAAUUCUGCCAGUUUUUCACUAGAUUUGGUAAAUGCAACAAGGGUGAAGGAAAAUGUUCAUUUAUACACGAUCCAUCCAAAAUUGCAGUCUGCACCAAAUUUUUGAAGGGUUUAUGUGCCGAAUCGGAUUGCAAAUUGACUCAUAAGGUUAUUCCAGAAAGAAUGCCCGAUUGUUCAUUUUUCCUGCAAGGUUUAUGCUCCAAUGAAAAGUGUCCUUAUCGUCAUGUCAAUGUGAAUCCAAAAGCCUCUAUAUGUGAGAGCUUCCUCAGGGGCUAUUGUGCUGAAGGGAAUGAGUGCCGGAAGAAGCAUAGUUACAUCUGCCCCAAAUUUGAAGCCUCCGGUAGCUGCCCUCAAGGAUCAAAAUGCAAACUUUACCAUCCAAAGAUAGGAAAGACUAAAAAACGGAAAGGUCAGAGGGAUCAGAAGAAUGCUAAGGGACGUUAUUUUGGUUCUGAUCUCUCAGUGGUUGUAGAUCCUGAGACGAAACCCAUUAUGCUGAAAAAUCAUGCUGAACCCAACAAAGUCAGUAGUGUUUCCUUUCAAGGAGACUUGGGUGAUUUUGUCAGCCUUGAUGUUAGUGAUGAUGAAGCGCAAGAGGAUGAACUGACGAGUGAGCAUACCUUCUUAUCUGAGGACGGCCCUCAGAAUUCUCAGUUGGAUGAUUUUGAUGAACUGAUAAAGCCUCUUCGCUUACUGGGUAGGCUUUAGGCAAAUCCUAGAUUUUAUUAGGCAAAUCCUUAAACACGCCCCACUGCAGUCAUGGGAAGGACAAGGAAUAUCAUGGAGAUGCAGUCAUCUGUAAAUGUCUUGUUUAUUUGCAUUUCCUCCUUCUUUUCCUUUUUUCUUGGGGUGUUCAUUGGGACAGGAGGGAUUAUGUAGUAUACUUUCUUUUUUUUCUUUUUUAUUUGGCAAUAUACCGCCUUGUAAAGUUGUAGAGAUUAUACUAUAACAUUUGUACUUUAUGUAAUGAUCAAUGAAUUAGUGAGUUUUACAAAAGGGAAAAGUUUUCCAACAAUUUGAGAACUUCCUGUUGGGUUUGGUUUUGAAUUUGUGUUGCUACAAGGCUGGAGGAUCAUUAAACACGUUAAGGCGAUUUUCUUCCACAUUA